AUGGCAGAGGCGUCGAAAAACUCAGAUGAACAUCAUAUUGAAUCAAAUCCACUAAUUAUUUCGGAUUCAUUCGAAGGUUAUCCAUUGAAUUUUUUCAAUUUACCAUUACAUUAUCGUGAUGAUUUAAAAUCUGUUCUAAUUCCAUAUGGACUUGUUCAAGAUCGUAUUGAAGCAUUAGCAAGCCGAAUUUUUUCUGAUUUACAUAUCCAUAUACCAGAGCAACUCAUUUGUAUAUGUGUACUCAAAGGUGGUUAUCGAUUCUUUUCGGAUCUUGUCUCAAAAAUACAGAAUGAAAAUCGUCUUCGAAAUGACCGUAGUUUACCGAUGAGUUUAGAAUUCAUUCGUGUUCGAAGUUAUGUGAAUGAUCGUUCAACUGAACAAAUUGAAAUUAUUGGAUUAAGCGAUUUAAAUGCAUUAAACAAUAAACAUAUACUUAUUAUUGAAGAUAUCAUUGAUACAGGUGUUACAAUGGCUGCAUUAAAAACGGAACUUGAAAAAUUUCAACCAAAAACCAUUCAUGUUGUAACGUUAUUUACAAAAAGACGAAAAGAUAAAAAAUGUAUCUUUAAACCAGAUUACUCAGGUUUCGAAGUUCCCGAUCAUUUCAUUGUCGGUUAUGCACUUGAUUACAAUGAAUACUUUCGUGAUCUAGAACAUAUCUGUGUUAUGAAAGAAUCCGGUAUUGCUAAAUAUAAAAUACCAGGUAGUGAUCAUGUUGAAUAG